CGUCGUGGUUUUACGAAACCCGUGGCCGACGUGCCCGCUUCUCUGUGAAAGCGCAGCGUGGGAAAGCUCUCCGCCAUGAGCCGCUCCUAUAACGAUGAGCUGCAGUUCUUGGACAAGAUCAGUAAAAACUGCUGGAGGAUCAAGAAGGGCUUCGUGCCCAACAUGCAGGUUGAAGGAGUAUUUUAUGUGAAUGAUGCUCUGGAAAAAUUAAUGUUUGAGGAAUUAAGGAAUGCCUGCCGCGGUGGUGGUGUUGGUGGCUUCCUGCCGGCCAUGAAGCAGAUUGGAAAUGUGGCAGCCCUGCCUGGGAUUGUUCAUAGGUCGAUUGGGCUUCCUGAUGUCCAUUCAGGCUACGGCUUUGCCAUUGGGAAUAUGGCUGCCUUUGAUAUGAAUGACCCUGAAGCAGUGGUGUCCCCAGGUGGUGUUGGAUUUGACAUUAACUGUGGUGUCCGCUUGCUAAGAACCAAUUUAGAUGAAGGUGAUGUCCAGCCUGUGAAGGAGCAACUUGCCCAAGCUAUGUUUGACCACAUCCCUGUCGGAGUGGGAUCGAAAGGUGUCAUACCAAUGAAUGCCAAAGACUUGGAGGAGGCCUUGGAGAUGGGUGUAGAUUGGUCCCUGCGAGAAGGCUAUGCCUGGGCAGAAGACAAAGAGCACUGUGAGGAGUAUGGAAGGAUGCUGCAAGCUGACCCCAAUAAGGUUUCACCCAGGGCAAAAAAAAGAGGCCUUCCUCAGUUGGGGACCCUGGGAGCAGGCAACCACUAUGCAGAAAUCCAGGUUGUGGAUGAGAUUUUCAAUGAAUAUGCUGCUAAGAAGAUGGGCAUCGACCAUAAGGGACAGGUGUGUGUGAUGAUUCACAGUGGAAGCCGAGGCUUGGGCCACCAAGUAGCCACAGAUGCACUGGUAGCUAUGGAAAAGGCCAUGAAAAGAGACAAGAUUAUAGUCAAUGACCGGCAGUUGGCUUGCGCACGGAUCGCCUCCCCAGAGGGGCAGGACUACUUAAAGGGAAUGGCAGCAGCCGGGAACUAUGCCUGGGUCAACCGCUCUUCCAUGACCUUCUUAACCCGUCAGGCAUUUGCAAAGGUCUUCAACACAACUCCUGAUGACCUGGACCUGCAUGUGAUCUAUGAUGUUUCUCAUAAUAUUGCCAAGGUGGAGCAACACGUUGUGGAUGGAAAGGAGAGGACACUGCUGGUGCACAGGAAGGGAUCCACCCGUGCUUUCCCGCCACACCACCCUCUCAUCGCUGUAGAUUACCAGCUCACUGGACAACCAGUGCUCAUUGGUGGCACCAUGGGAACCUGUAGUUAUGUUCUGACUGGCACUGAACAGGGCAUGACUGAGACCUUUGGAACAACCUGUCAUGGAGCGGGCCGUGCGUUGUCCCGAGCGAAAUCACGACGUAACUUGGAUUUCCAGGAUGUCUUGGACAAAUUGGCAGAUAUGGGAAUUGCGAUCCGCGUUGCCUCACCCAAGCUAGUUAUGGAAGAAGCCCCCGAAUCCUAUAAGAAUGUGACAGAUGUGGUGAAUACCUGCCAUGACGCUGGAAUCAGCCAGAAGGCCAUUAAACUGAGGCCAAUUGCUGUUAUCAAAGGAUAGAGCCCCGACCAGUGGAACCUCCGGACACUGCUCACCCUCAGCAAAGCAGAAACGGACUGAAACGUCUUACAGCAUCACUCAUUGUCGACCUGACCAGGCCCCAAGUGUGCCGCUGCACCUGCCUCUGCUCAGGUGGCUGGCAGGAAGCUGUAUUCCCGGGAGCCAGUCCCAGGAAUCACACCCCCAUCUGAAACGGGAUAAAUAUGCUGCCUCCUCCUUUGUCCCAUAGAUGUUUAGGAAACCUGACCUGGUGUGGGGAGGGCCAGGAAACUUGCCUUAUUCAGUCAUAGUCAUCUGUCACAUCAGGAUGAAGUUCUCUGUGCUACGCCCUGCUUUCAGCACAGUAGGCGUCGGGAAGAGCAUCCUAUUAAAGGUGGUUUUUUAUGUU